CGUAAUUGCCCCUGCUAUCCUCAGCUCUUUGGCACUUCUUUUACCACUUUUAACAAACAUGUCUUCUGACCCAAAACCAAAACUACAGCCCAAUGCUGGCAUUGAACAAGAUAACGUUGAUCCUGCACACGAUCCCGCCACCGCUAUCCUUCGUAGAAAGACAGCUCGCAACAAGUUGAUUGUUGAUGACGAUAUCAAUGACGAUAACUCUGUCAUGGUAUUGUCAACGGCAACCAUGGAAGCACUUCAACUCUUCAGGGGUGACACCGCACUUGUUAAGGGCAAGAAGAGAAAAGAUACCGUACUCAUUGUGUUGUGCAAUGAUGACAUGGAAGAUAACAAAGUUAGAAUCAACAAGGUUGUUCGCAAUAACUUGCGUAUUCGCCUUGGUGAUGUUGUCAGCAUCCAUCCAUGCACAGAUAUCAAGUACGGAAAACGAAUCCACGUUCUUCCUAUCGAUGACACAGUUGAAGGUUUGACUGGUAACCUCUUUGAGACCUACCUCAAGCCAUACUUCCUUGAAGCAUAUAGACCUGUUCGCAAGGGUGACCUUUUCUUGGUCCGCGGUAGCAUGCGAGCAGUCGAAUUCAAGGUGGUUGAAACCGAUCCAGAGGAUUACUGUAUUGUUGCUCAAGAUACCGUGAUCCAUUGCGAAGGUGAACCCAUCAAGCGUGAAGAUGAAGAAUCAAAUUUGGCUGAUGUUGGUUAUGAUGAUAUUGGUGGCUGCCGAAAGCAGAUGGCUCAAAUCCGUGAAUUGGUUGAACUUCCUCUUCGCCAUCCUCAGCUUUUCAAGUCCAUCGGUAUCAAGCCUCCCCGUGGUAUCCUUAUGUACGGACCCCCUGGUACUGGUAAGACCUUGAUGGCCAGAGCUGUUGCCAAUGAGACCGGUGCAUUCUUCUUCUUGAUCAACGGUCCCGAAAUCAUGUCCAAGAUGGCUGGUGAAUCUGAAAGCAAUCUCCGAAAAGCCUUUGAAGAGGCUGAAAAGAACGCUCCCGCCAUCAUCUUUAUUGAUGAAAUCGAUGCCAUUGCACCAAAGCGUGAAAAGACCAAUGGUGAAGUCGAACGCCGUGUCGUUUCUCAAUUGCUCACACUCAUGGACGGUAUGAAAGCUCGAUCCAACAUUGUCGUCAUGGCAGCUACCAACCGACCCAACUCUAUUGAUCCCGCUCUUCGUCGUUUCGGUCGUUUCGAUCGUGAAAUUGAUAUUGGUAUCCCUGACCCCACUGGUCGUCUUGAGAUCCUCCGCAUUCACACCAAGAACAUGAAGCUCGAUGAUGAUGUUGACUUGGAACAAAUCGCCAGCGAGACCCACGGUUAUGUUGGUUCUGAUGUUGCUUCUCUUUGCUCUGAAGCUGCUAUGCAACAAAUCCGUGAAAAGAUGGAUUUGAUUGAUCUCGAAGAAGAAUCCAUUGAUGCUGAAGUUCUGGAUAGCUUGGCCGUCACCAUGGAGAACUUCCGAUAUGCCCUUGGUGUUUCUAACCCAUCUGCUCUCCGUGAAACCGUUGUUGAAGUCCCCACUGUCACCUGGAACGAUAUUGGUGGUCUCGACAAGGUCAAGCUCGAACUUCAAGAAACUGUCCAAUACCCUGUCGAACAUCCCGAAAAGUUCCUCAAGUUCGGUAUGAGUCCUUCCAAGGGUGUUUUGUUCUAUGGUCCUCCCGGUACUGGUAAGACUAUGCUUGCCAAGGCCAUUGCCAACGAAUGCCAGGCCAAUUUCAUCUCCAUCAAGGGACCUGAAUUGUUGACCAUGUGGUUCGGUGAAUCAGAAGCCAACGUUCGUGAUGUUUUCGACAAGGCUCGUGCUGCCGCUCCUUGUGUCAUGUUCUUUGACGAAUUGGAUUCCAUCGCCAAGGCUAGAGGAGGUUCUUCUGGUGAUGCUGGUGGUGCUGGAGAUCGUGUUCUCAACCAGAUUCUUACUGAAAUGGACGGUAUGAACGCCAAAAAGAACGUCUUUGUCAUUGGUGCUACCAACCGACCUGAUCAAAUUGACCCUGCCUUGUUGCGUCCUGGUCGAUUGGAUCAAUUGAUCUAUAUCCCUCUUCCUGACGAAGUCUCUCGUCUCUCCAUCUUGACUGCUAACCUUCGAAAGUCGCCUGUUGCUAGCGAUGUUGAUCUCAACUUCUUGUCCAAGAAUACCCACGGUUUCUCCGGUGCUGAUCUUGCUGAGAUUUGUCAGCGAGCUGCUAAACUCGCCAUUCGCGAAGAUAUCGGCAAGGACAUAGAGCGCGAGAAGGAGCGCAAGCGCCGACAAGAAGCUGGUGAAGAUGUCGGUAUGGAAAAUGACGAUGAGAGCGACGGCGUUACUGAAAUUGCAAGAAAACACUUUGAAGAGGCCAUGUCGUUUGCACGCAGAUCUGUCAGUGACAACGAUAUCCGAAGAUACGACCAAUUCUCACAGAACUUGCAACAGCAACGUGGAUUUGGAAGCAACUUCAAAUUCCCUGACUCAGCCGGCGCCUCCUCCGAUGCACAAGCUAUGGAUGGUGUCAGUGGAAACGCUGGAUUUGGCGAAGAAGCUGGUGAUGAUGAUCUAUAUAAUUAAAACGUUCGGAUACAGAUAGUCCUCUUACAGAAAAUGUAGUUUUCCUUUUUCCCCAGUUUAUACGCACAUCCAUCUGAGAAAUUUCUUUUUUUUUGCGAUUGGAAAUAAACCUGCCUUUUAUUUUUGUACA